AUGGGCUGGGUAUCGAUUCUAAAAUAUCCUCUAUUGCUUAUUCUUGGCUUGACAACUCAAUUACUGUCCUACUUAUUGUCAACACUUCUCUUCCUUGCAUCGCCAGUGAUCUACAUUGGACAUGUCGUCUUGUACCUGACACUGCUUCCAUUGCGUAUUCUCAUUAAGCUAGAGGCAUUCAUCUAUUUCAUGACCGGGGCAGUGCUUGUCGGGGCCACUAUAGGAAUGAUCCUACAUUUCACCGGCAGCACCAUCUCAGAGUUCCUACAAAUUGAAGAGUCAGAAGAGCCACAGCGGCCUCGUGUGAAACGGGAGCUUCUAUAUUCUGAACCCCAGCAUCCAUCCUUCGACUAUCUAGAAUCGCAGACGGAGGACCACAAGUUCCUGCCAUACUCGACGAUCUUGGAGGAGGAAGAGAACAGCCAUGAAUCAGGUUAA